AUGCGAAUUGAUAGAAUAAGGAUGCUGUUUGCCUCAUUUGUGGUCUCUGUGGGGUUUCUUCUGGACUUAAGAAUGUGCACUGCAGCGCAAUCAGAGCUGAGAGUCACCACAAUAAAGCAAGAUCCAUAUACAAUGUCUAAAGGCUCACAAUUGGAGGGCUUUUGCAUGGACCUGCUGUCUGAGCUAGCCAAGAAACUGGGCUUCAAGUACAGAGUGCACCUGGUCAAAGACGGCUCAUAUGGCAGACAGGACGAGAACGGGAACUGGAAUGGAAUGAUUGGAGAGGUCGAGAGAGGAGAGGCAGACCUUGCGAUUGCUCCCCUGACUCUCACUGCGGCUCGGGAGAAAGCCGUGGGGAUGACCAAACCUUUCAUGCAGACAGGAAUUAGCAUCCUGCUGAGGAAGGACAUCUCAGAGGCACCAGGCCUCUUUGAUUUCCUGACGCCCUUCUCAGCUGAGACUUGGGUGGGCAUCCUCAUUGCCUACUUGGGGACUGCUGCUUGCAUCUUUGUAGUGGCCAGACUCAGCCCGUGUGAGUGGAGUCAACCCCAGAGUGAGGAGAACAGAUUCAGCCUCUUUCACAGCCUGUGGUACACAGCUGGAGCUCUCACCCUGCAAGGUGCUGGUCCUCAUCCCAAAGCUCUGUCAGGACGGGUCAUUUGCUGCAGCUGGUGGUUAUUUACUCUUGUACUCCUGGCCUGCUAUUUCUCCAGCCUCAGUUCCUCCCGGGGGUCAGAGUCCACUCACCUGAUGGUGAAAGGGUUUGAGGACUUGGCCAAUCAAGACGUGAUUGAGUAUGGCUGCCUGGCUGGCUCCUCCACUCUUGCCUUCUUCAAGAAUUCCAACAACCCAGCGUAUCGCAGAAUCUAUGAACACAUGGAGAGAGCCAAGAGUUUUGUCUCGUCCAUGGACGAGGGCGUUCGGCGUGCAAAAGAGGGCAACUUUGCCUUUAUUGGAGAAUCUGUGUCACUGGACUUAGCGGUAGCACGCCACUGUGAAUUAGUCAGAGCUCAUGAAGUUAUUGGGAUGAGAGGAUACAGCAUUGCCACCACCCUUGCCUCUCCAAUCAUAAAGAACCUAAGUGUGGCAAUCCUGCAGCUGAGUGAGGCAGGAGAGCUGACGUACCUGCGCAGCAAGUGGUGGGCCAGCAGCUGCAUGGCAGACAAAACCAAGGCUUCAGCAGCACAGCCCCACAGCCUCAAGGGAAUGUUCUUGCUUCUGGCCCUGGGCCUGGGACUAGGAACUGUGCUGGCCAUCCUGGAACUGACCUCCAAGAGCCGCAGCAGUGCUGGGGAGCAGAAGAAACCAUGCUGCACUGUACUGACUGAGGAACUGAGCCUGCGCCUAAGGACCAACACUGCAAACAGACCCCAGGAAGCCAUGGAAAAGGAUAAGGAGAAAGCAUGA